ACACCUCUUCAGUUUCUCCAAAUUCUUCUGACAAUAACAAAGACUUGCAGAUGGACAGGACUGCCUCUCAGAACUCUCUGGCUGAGCCUGAGGACAGGAAUGAUCAGGAUGCUGUGUCGAGUGUUGAGAUGAACAGGAAGGAGAGCAUCUAUGUGCUGGAGCUGGAGAACAGAGUGGCAGAGCUGGAAAAACAGCUAUGUGACAUUCACAUGGAGUCCGAGGUAAAAGGCAAGGAAUGUGAGCAAAAACAACAGGCUCACAACAUCCUGAAGGAGAAAUGUGAUAAGAUGGAGAAGGAGAAGAAGGAGUUACUUAAGGACCUGGAGAGAGGGCGACAGGGAUACAGUGUCCUUUUGUCCCAAAGCAACGAUGCUAAGGAUACCCUGGAGAACGAAAACAUAAAGCUGAGGGACGAAGUACAAGCUCUUCGAGGCUCAGUGGAAAGUUUGGAGGAAGAACUCUCUGAGACCCGCAGGAUGUUUGAAGAGAAAACGGCAAAAAAUGAGGAGGAGCAAAUGAUUUACCGCAUCCUAAAGGAGAAAUAUGAUGAGAUGGAGAAGAAAAUAAAGGAGAAAGAAGAGUUAAUAAACGGUCACGAAUCAAAGCUGAAAGACCAGGAGGACAGAAAGAUCUCUCUGAACAAUAAGCUCAAUGAGAUCAUCAGAGAAUCUGAGCUCAAAAGUAAGGAGCUGGAGCGAUGGCGACAGGAAAACAAUGUCCUUUUGUCCCAGUGCAAUAAGGCUAAGGCUACUCUGGAGAACGAGAACAUGAAGUUGAGGGACGAAAUACAAAACCUUCAAGGCUCAGUGCAGAGUUUGGAGGAAGAACUCUCUGGGACCUGCAGGAUGUACGAAGAGAAAAUGAGGAGUACUCUGGAGAACGAAAACAUCAAGCUGAGGGAAGAAGUACAAACUCUUCUGGGUUCAGUGGAGAAUUUGAAGCAAGAACUCUGUGAGACCCGCAGGAUGUGUGAAGAAAUAAUGAGGGACAAUGAGGAGAAACAAAUGGCUCACCGCAUCCUAAAGGAGAAAUAUGAUGAGAUGGAAAAGGAGAUAAAGGAGAAAGAGGAAUUAAUAAAUGAUUAUGAGUCCAAGCUGAAGGAACAGGAGGACAAAGAGAUCUCUCUGAACAAUAAGCUCCAUCUGUUCAUUAGAGAGUUUGAGUUCAAAAGUGAGGAGCUGGAGCGAAGGCAACAAGAAUACAGUGUCCUUUUGUCCCAAUAUAAAAACACUGAGAUCGCCCUGGCUGACGCUGUAAAGACAGCUCAGACUGCUCUGAAGUCCAAUACUCAACUGGAGCACGUGAACUCCAUCUUCCAACAACAGAUUCACAAGGCAAACAUUGUGUAUGAUAACAUAAUGUCUGAUCGGGAAGAACUGCACAAAGAUUACAGCCUCCUUUGGUCCCGUUACGAAGAUAGUAAAAACGCUCUGUGUAAUUCUGAGUGGAUGACUGAGCAAACUCUGCAAGCUAAUCAAGAGCUGGAUCAUGAGAAAUCUGUCCUAGUGGAAAAGGUUGAAACACUGCAGUCUUUGGUGGACAAGUUGCAGAUAAGACUUAGUAAUAAUCACAAGAAGCAGGUCAAGUUAUUUAAGGUAAAUGAGAAAAGCUGUGCCAUAAUCUGUAGUUUUCUUCCAUAAAUACUGUAAAUAUGACCGUAGUGAU